AUGUCGCCCUACAGGCUCGUGUUUGGUAAGAUGUGCCACCUCCCUGUUGGCGUGGAGCAUAGAGCAUAUUGGGCGGUCAAGGAGAUGAACAUGAACCCCCAGGCCUGUGAGGAGGAAAGAAAGCUGCAGUUGCAAGAACUAGAGGAACUCAGGCUUGAGUCAUAUGAUGGUGUGAUGUGGUACAAGGAGAAAACCAAGUUGUGGCAUGACAAAAACCUCCAGGUCAAGGAGUUGCAGGUCGGUCAGAAGGUUCUCCUUUUCCAGUCUAGGCUCAAACUGAUGUCUGGAAAACUGAAGUCUAAAUGGAUAGGACCCUACACGAUCUUUGGGCUUCGAGCGAAUGGAGCUGUCGAGAUUCAAGGAGGUGUCUCUAACUCUAUCCUUUUCCUUGUUAAUGGUCAUAGAGUAAAACUAUUUAGGGAGAGUUCGGAGCUGUGUAUAGUGUAA